AAGGAUAUCCAGGGAAAUAAUGAAAAAAAAAAUACAAAGGAAGGUGGCCUUGCAGUCCCAGAUCUCAAACUAUAUUACAAAGCAGAGGUCAUCAAAACAAUUUGGUACUGGUUAAGAGACAGAAAGGAGGAUCAGUGGAAUAGACUUGGGGUAAAUGACCUCAGUAAGACAGUCUUUGACAAGGCAGAAGGGAAGUUUUGGACCCAAUGGAACAGAGAAACUAAGCAGUUUUUUUUCCAGUUCCAUUUUAAGAUGGAGAAGCCUCCUGUGCCUCCAGCCCUCCCUGCUGGGCCUCCUGGAGUGAAGUGGCCCCCACUCCCACUGAUGAAUGGUUUGCCUCCUCGACCACCUCUGCCAGAGUCUUUGCCACCCCCACCUCCAGGUGGCAUGCCUCUGCCACCCAUACCUCCCAGUGGGCCUGCACGUCCUGGCCCUCCCGGGCCUCCUCAGAUGCCCCCUCCAGCUCCUAGAGUUCACCCACCUGCUCCUGGGGUAUAUCCUCCUGCUCCCGGGGUACAUCCCCCUGCUCCUGGAGUACAUCCUUCUGCUCCAGGGGUGCACCCUCCUGCUCCAAGAGUGCAUCCCCCAGCUCCUGGGGUACAUCCCUCAGCUCCUGGGGUGCAUCCCCUGGCUCCUGGGGUACACCCCCCUGCACCUGGGGUGCAUCCUCAGGCUCCAGGAGUUCAUCCCCAAGCACCUGGGGUUCACCCUCAAGGUCCUGGGGUACACCCCCAAGCACCUGGGGUUCAUCCUCAGGCUCCAGGGGUUCACCCCCAAGCACCUGGGGUUCACGCCCAAGCUCUAGGAGUUUACACUCAAGCUCCAGGGGUUCAUCCCCAAGCACCUGGGGUACACCCCCAGGCUCCUGGGGUUCAUCCCCAGGCUCCAGGGGUUCACCCUCAGGCUCUAGGAGUUCACCCUCAGGCUCCAGGGGUUCACCCUCAGGCUCCAGGGGUUCAUCCCUAAGCUCCAGGGAUUCAUACCCAAGCCCCAGGUGUACACCCCCCAAACCCAGGAGUACAUCCCCCAACUCCUAUGCCCCCAAUGUUGCAGCCCCCUCUUCCCUCAGAAGGACCUGGAAAUGUUCCUCCUCCUCCACCAACAAAUUGA